UCCUUGAUUUGCAGAAGGCAUCCCAAAAUGUUGUGUCGAGCUGCUCUGAGCCCUCUUGUCCGUUCCCCUGGAUGGUCCUUUGUGUUAUUGCCACGUGCCAUCGCAGCCAUUUCCCGUUUAUAUCUCCCUUGCCAUAACCGAAGAUUAAGGAAUGAAUCCACCCGUUGUUGGAGCAACAUCCCGUUUAUCACCAUGCCACUCAGCCGUGCACAUGGAAAAUCGUUUGCACACCGCAGUGAGCUGAAGCAUGCAAAGCGGAUUGUAGUGAAAUUGGGUAGUGCUGUUGUGACUCGAGGGGAUGAGUGUGGCUUGGCUCUUGGGAGGCUGGCAUCAAUUGUAGAGCAGGUAUCAAUGCUGCAAAAUCAGGGCCGAGAGAUGAUGAUUGUCACCAGUGGUGCUGUAGCUUUUGGAAAGCAGCGGUUGCGUCAUGAGAUCUUGCUUUCUCAGAGUGUGAGGCAAGCGCUUCAUUCAGGCCAGAGUCAGCUAAAAGAUAUGGCUAUUCCAGUCUUGGAGGCGUUUUUGUGGGUUUUUCCGGUCUGGGGGGCGGGAGCCUGUGCAGCGGCUGGCCAGAGUGGACUGAUGGCUCUGUAUGAGGCCAUGUUUACGCAGUACAGCAUUUGUGCAGCUCAAAUUUUAGUCACCAACCUGGAUUUCCAUGAUGAGCAGAAGCGUCGGAACUUAAAUGGAACGUUGCAUGAGCUUUUAAGAAUGAAUAUUGUCCCUAUAAUUAACACUAAUGAUGCUGUUGUUCCACCUCCAGAGCCGAACAGUGAUCUGCAGGGGGUAAAUGUGAUUAGUGUGAAGGAUAACGACAGUCUGGCAGCACGACUGGCUGUGGAAAUGAAAACUGAUCUUCUGAUUGUUCUCUCAGAUGUAGAAGGACUCUUUGACAGCCCUCCAGGAUCUGAUGAUGCAAAGCUCAUUGACAUAUUCUACCCAGGAGACCAGCAGUCUGUAACAUUCGGAACCAAAUCCCGGGUGGGAAUGGGAGGCAUGGAAGCCAAGGUGAAAGCAGCUCUGUGGGCCCUCCAAGGAGGCACCUCUGUAGUGAUUGCAAAUGGAACCCAUCCAAAGAUCUCAGGUCAUGUCAUCACAGAUAUUGUGGAAGGGAAGAAAGUUGGAACUUUUUUUUCAGAAGUAAAACCUGCCGGUCCUACAGUAGAGCAGCAGGGUGAAAUGGCUCGAGCUGGUGGCAGGACCCUGGCGGCACUACAGCCUGAGCAGAGAGCAGAAAUUAUUUAUCGUCUUGCUGACUUACUGACUGACCAGAGAGAAGAAAUUCUUUUGGCAAACAAAAAGGAUUUAGAAGAGGCUGAAAAUAAAGGGAGAUUGGCACUUCCUUUGUUGAAACGUUUAAGUCUGUCUACAUCAAAGCUGAACAGCUUGGCUAUUGGUCUGCGCCAGAUUGCAGCAUCCUCACAGGACAGUGUCGGCCGUGUAAUUCGGCGAACACGUAUAGCAAAAGACCUGGAUUUGGAGCAGGUGACAGUGCCCAUUGGUGUCCUUCUCGUGAUCUUUGAGUCCCGUCCUGACUGUCUUCCACAGGUGUCUGCUUUGGCCAUAGCCAGUGGAAACGGCUUAUUACUUAAAGGAGGGAAAGAGGCAGCACAUAGCAAUCAAAUCCUUCAUCAUCUGACACAAGAAGCACUCUCCAUUCACGGAGUCAAAGAUGCAGUGCAACUAGUGAACACAAGAGAGGAAGUAGAAGAUCUCUGCCGUUUGGAUAAGCUGAUAGAUCUAAUCAUUCCACGUGGUUCAUCACAACUAGUCCGGAAUAUCCAGAAAGCUGCUAAGGGAAUCCCAGUGAUGGGACACAGUGAAGGGAUCUGUCAUGUGUAUGUGGACACAGAUGCCAGCGUUGAGAAGGUCACGCGAAUAAUCAGAGACUCAAAGUGUGAAUAUCCUGCUGCCUGUAAUGCUCUGGAAACUCUCUUAAUUCAUCGAGACUUGCUGAGAACCCCGUUGUUUGAUCAGAUCAUAGACAUGUUGAGAGUAGAACAGGUGAAGAUUCACGCUGGCCCAAAGUUUGCAUCUUACUUGACAUUCAGUCCUUCGGAAGUGAAAUCUCUCCGCACAGAAUAUGGGGACCUGGAGUGCUGCAUUGAGGUGGUGGACAGUGUCCAAGAGGCUAUUGAACAUAUCCACAAGUACGGAAGUUCUCACACGGAUGUUAUCAUCACAGAGAAUGAGAAAACGGCAGAGUUCUUCCUCCAGCAUGUGGACAGCGCUUGUGUUUUCUGGAAUGCCAGUACUCGAUUCGCUGACGGCUACAGAUUUGGACUUGGUGCUGAGGUGGGAAUUAGUACUUCUCGUAUCCAUGCACGUGGACCAGUGGGAAUUGAAGGACUCUUAACUACGAAGUGGUUGCUGAGGGGGGACAAUCAUGUUGUUUCUGACUUCUCAGAGCAUGGGAGCAUGAAGUAUCUUCAUGAGAGCCUCCCUCUUCCUCAGAGAAAUACCAACUAAGAACAUCAGGCUGAGGAGGAAACCCCAGGGGUAUAAAUAUUUCCUGAAUAUGUUCAGGCUUCAGGGUGCUCUUUGGAGAGGGAGUUUGUUUUUCAUCUUCAGGAACAUUGAUCUCAGUCACUGUGCAGUACAAUGAAUACAAAAUGAUCGCAUCUCUGAGC